GACAGUUUUACUAAUUACAAGCAAAAGAGAGAAAGCAAUCCCUGAUCCUUCUUGUUUGCAAAUUACUCUUAGCAUUCAACAGAUUUCAGAAAUGGAGAUUGGCUUAGCAGUUGGUGGUGCAUUUCUCUCUUCAGCUUUGAAUGUUCUCUUUGAUAGGCUUGCUCCUCACGGUGAUCUUCUCAACAUGUUUCGGAAGCAUACGGAUGAUGUUCAGCUUUUUGAGAAGCUGGGGGACAUUCUGCUUGGUCUUCAAAUUGUGCUAAGUGAUGCAGAGAAAAAGCAAGCAUCAAAUCAAUUUGUGAGCCAGUGGUUAAAUAAGCUUCAGAGUGCUGUGGACGGUGCUGAAAACUUGAUAGAACAAGUCAAUUAUGAAGCUUUGAGGCUUAAAGUGGAAGGCCAGCAUCAAAAUCUUACAGAAACAAGGAACCAGCAAGUAAGUGACCUUAACUUGUGCUUGAGUGAUGAUUUCUUUCUUAACAUAAAGAAGAAGUUGGAAGACACUAUUAAAAAACUGGAGGUGCUGGAAAAGCAAAUUGGUCGCCUUGGCUUAAAGGAGCAUUUUGUUUCGACUAAACAAGAAACUAGAACUUCUGUGGAUGUUAAAUCUGAUAUCUUUGGUAGGCAGAGUGAAAUAGAGGAUUUGAUUAACCGUUUAUUGUCUGAAGAUGCAAGUGGGAAAAAGCUGACAGUAGUACCUAUUGUUGGAAUGGGCGGCCUGGGUAAGACAGCACUUGCUAAAGCGGUUUACCAUGAUGAGAGGGUGAAGAACCAUUUUGGUUUGAAAGCUUGGUAUUGUGUUUCUGAGCCAUAUGAUGCUUUGAGAAUAACGAAAGGGUUACUUCAAGAAACUGGCUCAUUUGACUCGAAGGAUGUCCACAACAAUCUUAAUCAGCUUCAAGUCAAAUUGAAGGAAAGCUUAAAGGGAAAGAAGUUUCUUAUUGUUUUGGAUGAUGUCUGGAAUGACAACUACAACAAGUGGGAUGACUUGAGAAAUCAUUUUGUACAAGGAGAUACAGGAAGUAAAAUCAUUGUGACGACACGUAAAGAGAGUGUUGCCUUGAUGAUGGGAAAUGAGCAAAUUAGCAUGGACAAUUUGUCUACUGAAGCCUCUUGGUCUUUAUUCAAAAGACAUGCAUUUGAAAACAUGGAUCCUAUGGGACAUCCAGAACUCGAAGAGGUUGGAAAACAAAUUGCAGCUAAGUGCAAAGGACUGCCCUUAGCUCUGAAGACACUCGCUGGCAUGUUACGCUCCAAAUCAGAGGUUGAAGGGUGGAAACGUAUUUUGAGAAGUGAAAUAUGGCAACUACCACAGAAUGACAUAUUACCAGCGUUGAUGUUGAGCUAUAAUGAUCUUCCCGCACAUUUAAAGCGAUGUUUUUCCUUUUGUGCAAUAUUUCCUAAAGAUUAUCCAUUUAGGAAAGAACAAGUUAUUCAUCUGUGGAUUGCUAAUGGUCUCGUACCAAAGGACGAUGGGAUAAUAGAAGAUUUAGGCAACCAGUACUUUCAGGAGUUGAGAUCAAGAUCAUUAUUUGAAAGGGUCCCAAAUCCUUCUAAAGGGAACAUGGAGAAUUUAUUCUUAAUGCAUGAUCUUGUCAAUGAUUUAGCCCAAAUUGCAUCUUCAAAACUUUGUAUCAGGUUGGAAGAGAGCAAAGGAUCUCAAAUGUUGGAAAAAAGUCGGCACUUAUCUUAUUCAAUGGGAUAUGGUGACUUUGAGAAAUUGACACCCCUCUACAAAUUGGAGCAGCUGAGGACAUUGCUCCCGAUAUGUAUUGAUGUCAAUUAUUGCUUUCUAAGCAAGAGGGUGCAGCAUAACAUACUGCUAAGACUAAGAUCCCUAAGGGCAUUAUCAUUGUCUCAUUACAGGAUUAAGGAGUUGCCAAAUGACUUGUUUAUCAAAUUAAACCUCCUCAGAUUUUUGGACCUUUCUCUGACACAUAUUGAAAAGUUGCCUGAUUCUGUUUGUGGAUUGUAUAACUUGGAGACACUUCUCCUGUCAGAUUGUGAUUAUCUUAAGGAGCUACCACUGCAGAUAGAGAAGUUGAUUAACUUGCGUCAUCUUGACAUAAGCAACACUUGGCGCUUGAAGACGCCCCUACAUCUGAGCAAGUUGAAAAGCCUCCAAGUGCUAAUGGGUGCCAAGUUUUUUCUCGGUGGUUUGAGAAUGGAAGAUUUGGGUGAAGCACAGAACUUGUAUGGAUCUCUAUCUGUUGUAGAGUUGCAAAAUGUGGUUGAUAAAAGGGAAGCUGUGAAGGCAAAGAUGAGGGAGAAGAAUCACGUUGACAAGUUAUCUUUGGAGUGGAGUAAAAGUAGUAGUGCCGACAAUUCAAAAACAGAAAGAGACAUACUUGAUGAGUUACGCCCACAUAAAAACAUAAAAGAAGUAGAAAUCACUGGAUAUAGAGGGACAACAUUUCCAAAUUGGCUAGCUGAUCCUUUGUUUCUUAAGCUGGUGAAAUUGUCUCUUAGCAACUGCAAGGACUGUUAUUCCUUGCCGGCACUAGGACAGCUUCCUUCUUUGAAAUAUCUUUACAUUAGAGGGAUGCAUGGAAUAACAGAGGUGACAGAAGAAUUCUAUGGCAAUUUGUCCUCCAAAAAGCCUUUUAACUGUCUUGAGAAGCUUGAAUUUGAAUAUAUGCCGGAGUGGAAGCAAUGGCACGUAUUAGGAAAUGGAGAGUUCCCUACACUUGAGAGCCUUUCAAUUAGAAAUUGCCCUGAACUCAGUUUGGAGACACCCAUCCAACUUUCAAGUUUAAAAAGGUUUGAAGUUAGUGGUUGUCGGGUUGGAGUUGUUUUUGAUGAUGCUGAGCUGCUUAGAUCCCAACUUGAGGGGAUGAAGCAGAUUGAGGAAUUACGUAUUAGGGAUUGUAACUCUGUUACCUCCUUUCCUUUUAGCAUACUGCCCACUACCUUGAAAACAAUAUCCAUAUCUUAUUGCCGGAAAUUGAAAUUGGAUCCGCCGGUGGGUGAGAUGAGUAUGUUUCUGGAUGAAUUGAGACUGGAAGAAUGUGAUUGUAUGGAUGAUAUAUCACACUUAAGAGCACGCUCUUUGUCUGUAUAUAAGUGCCACAACCUUACUAGGUUUUUGAUUCCUACUGCGACUGAAAGACUCUAUAUUUGGAAUUGUGAGAAUCUUGAAAAACUAUCGGUGGCAUGUGGGGGGACCCAGAUGACGUCACUGACUAUUGGGUGCUGUUGGAAGAUCAAGUGUCUGCCAGAACAUAUGCAGGAACUCCUUCCAUCUCUUAAGAAACUGCUUCUGUGGGAUUGUCCAGAAAUAGAGUCCUUUCCUCAAGGAGGAUUGCCCUUCAAUUUAGAAGUCCUUGAUAUCACCGAGUGCAAGAAACUGGUGAAUGGCAGAAAGGAGUGGCGUUUACAGAGACUCCCCUGUCUCAGACAGUUAGUGAUCAAACAUGAUGGCAGUGACGAAGAGAUUGUUGGUGGUGAGAAUUGGGAGUUGCCUUCCUCUAUUCAAACACUUAGAUUAUGGAAUCUGAAAACAUUAAGCAGCCAACAUCUCAAAAGCCUCACCUCUCUUCAAUCUCUACGUAUUGGGGGUAAUUUACCUCAAAUUCAGUCAAUGCUGGAACAAGGCCAGUUUUCGCAACUCACUUCGCUUCAAAGUCUAAAAAUCAGGAAUUUACCUAAUCUCCAAUCACUUCCUGAAUCAGCACUGCCCUCCUCCCUCUCUCAGCUGAAGAUAUCCGAUUGCCCUAAUCUCCAAUCUCUUCCAUUAAAAGGGAUGCCUUCUUCCCUCUCUAAACUAGAAAUUCACAACUGCCCAUUGCUCAAACCCCUACUAGAAUUUGACAAGGGGGAAUACUGGCCAGAAAUUGCUCAUAUCCCCACCAUACAGAUUGAUCAGGAAUGCAUUUAAUGAUUAAAACUAAUGGUGCUCUCACAAAUAGAACUUCUAGGAUCAUGAAGUUUCCUCCAAAUUAUGUCCAUUACUCAACCUUGAGUGACACCUCAGAGCUAGCGAAAGUCAAGGAAGUAUAUACUGCUCGUGAUGAAUUCAAGCUAAAUAGAUUUCCUUCAUUGACACCCUCAUCAGUCAUCUGUCUGCGAAACAGAGAAAUCAACGGUUUCAAAAUUCUCUAGAACCCAUUUUCAUGAGCUUCAAGCCUCAAUUCUGAUGACACAAAAGACAUCAACAGAGUAGAAGAAUUCAACCCAAGUUUUCAAUUCCUGCUUCAUUUGAUGGGAAAGGUACAAAUAUUUUUUUCUUCUCCCUUUCUUACUGCGGUGCUAAAUUGGUUUUGCCCCACUUUGCAUCACAAUGAUGUUGGAGUAUAUCGGUUUUCUACUGGUAAUCAGAUACUUAAAAUGGAAAAUUGCUUUUGAAAAUAUCGUUUUCAUUGUUCGAAAGUUGUUUAAAUCAUCUGCUGAUCC